AUGGAUGAUGAUUUUGAGUUCCCGGCCGCAAACAACGAUGCAGAAAUGGCGAUGGGUGAUGAUGACAUGGAUCUCCCUGCGGGUAAUUCAAUUUUGAAAGUUGGAGAAGAAAAGGAUAUUGGUAGUGGCUUGAAAAAGAAGCUGCUUAAGGAAGGUGAUGGCUGGGAGAAACCCAGUUCUGGCGACGAAGUUGAAGUACAUUAUGUGGGUACUUUACUGGAUGGGACACAGUUUGAUUCUAGCCGUGAUCGAGGCACUCCCUUCAAAUUUAAGCUAGGCCAAGGUCAAGUAAUCAAAGGGUGGGAUGAAGGAAUCAAGACUAUGAAGAAAGGUGAAAAGGCCCUUUUCACUAUUCCUCCAGAACUGGCUUAUGGAGAGUCUGGAUCGCCUCCAACAAUACCGUCCAAUGCAACGCUUCAGUUCGAAGUUGAAUUGCUCUCGUGGAUCAGUGUAAAAGAUAUAUGCCAAGAUGGUGGAAUAUUCAAGAAAAUAACACUUCAGUUCGAAGUUGAAUUGCUUGCAUGGAUCAUCAAAUACGAGGCUCGGCUUGAGGAUGGAACCCUUGUUUCGAAAUCAGAAGGAGUGGAGUUCACAGUGAAUGAUGGUUAUUUCUGUCCUGCCCUUUCCAAAGCUGUUAAGACAAUGAAAAAGGGAGAAAAAGUCCUCUUGACUGUGAAACCUCAAUAUGGUUUUGGAGAGAAUGGCAGGGAGGCCACUGGUGAUGAAUGUGACGUGCCACCAAAUGCUACCAUUCAUAUAAAUUUGGAAUUGGUUUCAUGGAAAACAGUUUCAGAGAUUACCAGUGACAAAAAGGUUUUGAAAAAGAUACUCAAGGAAGGAGAGGGUUAUGAAAAACCCAAUGAUGGUGCCAUUGUGCAAGUAAAUUUGAUCGGGAAGCUGCAAGAUGGAACUGUUUUUGUGAAAAAGGGAUACGAUGAGGAGCCACCUUUUGAAUUUAAAGUAGAUGAAGAACAAGUUAUUGAGGGUCUUGAUAGAGCCGUGAAGACUAUGAAGAAAGGGGAAAUUGCACUUUUAACUGUACAGCCAGAGUAUGCAUUUGGUCCAUCUGAAUCUCCACAAGAACUGGCUGCUGUUCCUGGAAAUUCCACUGUGUAUUAUGAAGUUGAGAUGGUCUCCUUUGUGAAGGAGAAGGAAUCUUGGGAUAUGAGUACACCAGAGAAGAUUGAAGCUGCUGGGAAGAAGAAGGAUGAAGGGAAUGCAUUGUUCAAGACAGGAAAGUACGAAAGAGCCUCGAAGAGAUAUGAAAAGGCUGUCAAACUAAUCGAAUAUGAUUCCUCUUUUGGUGAGGAUGAGAAGCAACAGGCAAAGUUGCUCAAAGUCAGCUGCAAUCUGAAUAAUGCAGCUUGCAAGCUAAAACUCAAGGAUUACAAAGAGGCAGUGAAGCUUUGCACAAAAGUUUUGGAAAUCGAAAGUCAAAAUGUUAAAGCACUUUAUAGAAGGGCACAAGCAUAUAUUCAUCUAGUAGAUUUGGAUUUAGCAGAAUUGGAUAUUAAGAAAGCACUAGAAAUCGAUCCAGAUAACAGGGAUGUUAAAUUGGAAUACAAAGUUUUGAAGGAGAAAGUGAAGGAAUACAACAGGAAAGAUGCCCAGUUUUAUGGUAACAUUUUUGCGAAAAUGCUGGGGCAACCUAAAUCUGCAGAUGCAGAUGCAAAGAAUGAGACAGUACCAAUGACAAUAGACAGCAAGGCAUAA